GUACCCACAAAAUCUCGCCUGCACUGCAUUCCCACAUUGGACCUUAUUCAUGUAACGCACCCCAGUUACAUUCCAAUGUUAACUAUAUUCGAAUGUUUACGUAUUGUCUUAUUGGGUUCAGCUGGAAAAUUUGAACUUCAAUUACACUCUUUUGAGUCAGCACGUAUCAUCACACAACAGGUCUCUACUUCGUCAACAUGCCUGAUAUUCGGUAUUCUGAGAAAUACUUUGAUGAUACUUACGAGUACAGACAUGUGAUUCUUCCUCCAGAGAUUGCAAAGUUGCUUCCAAAGAAUCGGCUACUUGCAGAGAAUGAGUGGAGAGCUAUUGGAGUUCAGCAGUCUCGUGGAUGGGUACACUAUGCCAUUCAUCGUCCUGAACCCCACAUUAUGUUGUUUCGAAGGCCUUUGAAUUAUCAGCAAAAUCAGCCACAAUUACCAAAUCAACAGCAGCCAUAGAAAGUGACAUUUUGUUGAUUCUAAGAUCUCAAUUGAAUGCAGAGUGGCUUCCUUGCCUUCUUUAUCAUCUUUUUUGCUCCCCUUUAGUGCUGUCUAGCAUUUUCUGUGAGGGUUUCCUCUCAGAUAGCGGUUUGAUGCCUUUAUCAACUGACUUAUUGUUGAGGUUUUAAUAUUUUAUCCUUUGGGAAAUCAUUUUCAGCUUGAGAACAGGAUUUUUUAAUCCAAGACUAACUAAAUCAUUGAUGUGGGUAUAUCAUGUGAUUCUUACAUAUGAUAUGCCUGUAUACAAUUUUUAAUCUUUGAGUUUAUAGUAGUGCAGUUUCUGUCCUUAUUGAGCUCUAAACAAUGCAUUCGCUAUUUCCUGA